AUGGACAUGGAUUCUCGUCCCAAACCCCCCGGGCCCUCCGCCACCUUUCCCUUGAACCAUGGAUCGACCGUCCGCUCGCCCAAUGAUGAUUUCACAACGGGUCCGACGGCUCUGCGUGAGCAAUCCAGCACUCACCGACCACAAGGACGUCCUUUAGUUGACGAAGAGCCAGCCUCGCCUGAUGGGACAGAUCAAGUGCACGGGGGGCUACUGCCCACCUGGUCUGGCCGCGACAAGGACCGUGAGGGGGACGAUGGACUUCUCCACCCCGUUUCUCGGGAGACCACCAGGUCUCGAUGGGGGUCUGAUUCAACGUCUGGCCUUGACUCCCGCAGCCGGAAGGGGAGCUUGUUCGACAACCCGGAACAGCAUGAACGCUUAGGCCCAAUUCAGAGACAGCAUAUCCAGUCCAUGGAAGAUCUAGGCCGGGUCAAGAAUCGCAGGAAGCAAGGUGAAGAGUAUCUACGCUCUGCACUCUCUUCGACGGGGACCCUCGCGACCGAGCUCACGCGUCGGCUCGACUACACCUAUUACAAUCUGCUUGAAAGGAUCACAUCGCUAAACUCGACUAUCAGCUCUUUCCAGGAUCUCUCAGACUCUGCCUCGUCCCUUCUAAGCAAUUUUGAGCAAGAUACUGCCGGCGUGGACAAGGAGGUCCGUAAACAAAUCAAUGAUUUGAAGGGCUUCGAGCCCCAGAUCGAGCUGGCAGAUGCCUUGGAGAAACGCAUGAAUGCGGGCCGACAACGCGUGGAGGACCUAGGCAAGCGGCUCGAAACAGUCAGAGGCCAGAUUGACCGAUGGGAGCAACGCGAAGAGGAAUGGCAGUCUCGUGUCAGUCGUCGACUGCGUAUCUUCUGGGCAACUAUCGCCGCUGCCUGUGCGGUGCUUUUACUUGGGCUUGUCAUUCAAAACUGGCAUUCUCUGCCGCCAUCCAGUGAAUGGACGCGUGGCACAAGCUCGGGGUUGAAUAAAUCAACCCCACUUGCGCCGCUAUCAGAUUCUUGGAGCCCUGUUUCGGAGGUCCAUCACGCCGAAGGAACCACCGAAACCUCCUGGUAUCCAUCCAGUCUCGCCGAGCGCCGAGAAAGCCUCAGACUAGCCCAUCCUACAGGAAGCGAUGCGGAAAAGCAGCAUGCGCCCCAUGCCUCGUCUACGGAGACCGAUCCAUUACGGAUAUUGGAUGAGUUGUAG